AAAAUAGAAAACACACAACACACACAAACGCACAUCACACAAACCCACAACACACAAACUUUCUUCCUUUGGAGUGUUAGCCGCCACCACACCACCGCCCAACUACAGAUCCACUCUUGUUCUUGGUCGCGGUCGCAAAUCCAGGCUCAUGUGGCCAACCACGCCAAAGAUCCGCACUACAGAACACCCCCCAAUUGACUCGUGAAACCCUAACCUUCUCACACACACUUGCCACACCUUUGCUUGUUGCUUAAUUGGAGUUUUAGUUGUCAAUGGUUGGAAAUGGCUUGAAGACUGCAAUAUUAUUGUGAAGUUCUCCAGUAGAGAUUCCUGAGAACCGAAGGUGGAUGUAUUAGAGGUUGGAUGCUAAUAAAUGUUGGACAAAUAAGUUUAGAGAAGGAGUGUUUGAAUUUGUAUAGUUUGUUACUAGUCAGGACAUGCUUCAAAUGCAAGGAGAACAAACAAGGUGUCCCUGCAAGAAAUGCAAAUAUAAUGUUUUCAAGUUUGUUGAUGAUGUGAUGAGGGAUCUUUAUGAGGAAGGGUUCAUGCCAAAUGAUUAUUGGUGGACAAACCACGGUGAAGAGUUACCACAAUUUCCUCUAAUAGUGCUACAAGGUUCAUACUACGAAAGUGGUGGGCAAAGGGAAGAAUUGAAUCCUUAUGAGCAAAUGAUCAUGGAUCAUGCUGGACCAUCAAUUGGCCAAGACAAAGAACAAGAGGGCAUAAUUGAGAUAGAAUGCAUGGAGGAAAAUCCUAAUCCUGAAGCUCUAAAGUUCUUUGAUAUGCUUGCAUUUGCGCAAGCACCAUUGUGGGAAGGAUGCAAGCAUCAAUCAAAAUUGUCAGUUUCUUUGGUCUGUCUUAGCUUGAAAUCUGAUUAUAAUAUGUCAGAAGGGUGUUUUAAUCGUAUGGUUCAACUUAUGGGUGACACCAUUCCAAAAAACAAUACUAUGGCAAUGGCAGGUGGUCUGUUGUUGAAGCUUCCAUUCAACACCAUAUUUCAGUAUCUCCAGGUUGUCUGUAGUCGAUGUUUGUAAUUGUAUGUAUUCAUUUGAUGCAACAAAUACUGAAAUAUGUUAUUUUGCACAAGGCCUCGGUCUGUAUGUCUGCAUGUUUAGUGGUAAUUGACCAUGAAGGUGGAUAAAAUUAUUGUAACUCCUGAUUUUCAUGUAUUUGUUCAUUGCAAGAUAUUGAGCCACUUCUUGUUUUAUUGCAAUUUUUAGGUGUUUAAUUAGUAGAUUUGUCAGUGUUGAUUAGUCAUGGUUAAUUGCCUUUUGUUUUCUGCAGAUGUUACAAACAAUUGCAAUGUGAAUAAGGUGUAUUGGUCCACGUGCAAUGUUCUAUGUUGUUGUUGUAGUGUUUGACUAUUAUGUUCCUUGGAAGGAAAUGGUAUAAAUACAAAAUAUGCUUCCUUA